ACUGCGCUUCAAUCUUCUUUAAAGCCACCAAAGAGGCCGGAGACUAGAAGUUAUAAAGAAGGCACUGUUCUUCUUCGUCUCCCCAAUCUCCAUCACAGUGAGAAGUAGAGUGAAGGAUUCGAAAAGAUGAUCAUCAGGACUCCUCCUCCCAGGAAACGAAAGGUGGAUUCAAGCCCCGAUGCUGCUGCUAUCGUCGCUUACGAAACCCCUGCAGCUGCUUCCAAUCGCCCUCUCGUGAUAUACGAAGACCCCGUGCCGGAAUCGUCUCACGGUCACGACCCCUCUGAGCAGAUGCUCUGCACUUACCAAUGCCGUCAGAUGGUUAAAUCAAAGUUUCUGGACGCAUUGGGAAGUGCUGAGAAGCUAGUGCAUGAUUAUCAAUCUAGAUUGGAGGCACUAAAUGAUGACCUUUCCAAGGCAGAAGCUGAGAAGAAGAAAUUCCGAGAUAAGUUCUAUUAUGCAGAACAAGAACUUGCUGCUGCCAAAGGGCGUGAGCAGGCACUUCAAGAGCAGCUCUUGAAUGAGGUCAAAGAUUCUUGGGAACGACUUGAAAAACAAAUAAAAUCUUAUAGUGAACUUGAGGUAAAGUUACAAAAAGAAGGGGACCUUCGCAAGAAUGCUGAGCUGAAAGCAGCUUCAGCUGAAGAUAAAGCUAGCUUACUCGAGGAAAAACUCAGGCAACUUUCUGACAGCAUAAAAAGAGAGAAAAACCAUCUUAAUAAUGAGCUCCUACAGUUGAAAAGAGAGUCAAAGCUUUCUGUUUCUCGAAUAGGUUCAGAUCUUGAACGGAUGGAAUGCAGAGCAAAUAAUGCAGAAAAAGAAUCAGAGCUGCUGAAGAAGCAGCUGGAAGAACUUAACGAACAGAUGAAUGAGUGUCUCCAUCAGAAAAAUGAAGUGGAGAUGAAAUUAUUAAAUUUCUCAUCAUCAUCAGGGGAAGUCAAUCAUGCAGAUACCAAUGUCUUGGUGAAGCAUCUGCAAGAAGAGCUUAGGAGCUAUGAGUCUGAGGUUUUAGAAGCACGAAAGUUGAAAUCCUCUCAUGAAAACAAUGAGUUACUGAGAGAGAAGUUUUUGGAAGAAAAGGGCCGCAGGGAGCGGGCAGAAUCGGAUUUACUUAAGCUGCAAGAGAUCCAGCUAAACGUGAAAAAGUUGGAGGAUGAAUUGAUGUCUUGGAAGUUGGCAAUCAACGAUAUUCCUGGUGUUCUGUGUCCUGAUGAUCUACCAAUUCAGUUUUCAGGCUUGCAGAAAGAGGUUCUUGAGAGUAUGAUGAAGUUGGGUGAGGGGAAUGCAUGUUUGAAACAGAUGGAGGUAGCUCUGGAAGUUGCAGAACAUGGAAGACACCAAGCUGAAACUGAGGCUGCAUUGGUGAAAAGGAAGGCUGAAGAAUCACUUUCAGAGAUCAGACGGCUUGAAUUAAUUCUUUCUUCGGUUAGUGAAGAAAGAGAGAGGCUAAGAAAGGAUGCUUAUGCAUUGAAGAAGCAUGCGGAAGCAGAAGGGGGAUCAGCUAAUGGGACUCCAAUGCAGGAACUGGAGUCAUCUCUUGCUAAAAAGGAACAAGCUAUUCAAGAAUUGGAGCGUGAGUUAAAUGAACAAAAGGAAACUAUAAAUUGUCAGCACAAUGAAAUUAAGUUACUCACUGAGAGGCUGAGUGAUGAAACAAGAAAAAUAAAAUCACUGGAGAGGGAGGGGGAUCGUUUUCGUUCUGAGAUUGCCAUACUGGAAUCUAAGUUAAGUCAGGGUGAUUAUUCUGCUGCAAGUACAAAAGUUCUACGGAUGGUGAAUACCUUGGCUGUCGAUAGUGAGGCUAAACAUACUAUAGAAACACUACGAAGUGAAUUGCAGAAAACAAAGGAAAAGUUACAAGCUGUUGAAGAAUUGAAAGGACAGUCAGAUGCUGGAAAUUUGAUUGACUCCCAAGUAUCUGAAAAGCUUGCACAACUCAAAGGGCAAGUUGCAACUCUGGAGAAACGUGAAGAAAGAUACAAGACUGUAUUUGCUGAGAAAAUUUCUGUUUUCCGAAGGGCAUGUUGUUCUCUUUUCGGUUACAAGAUAGUAAUGGAUGAUCACCAGCGUCCUAAUGGAAUUCCAGUGACACGGUUUACUCUCCAAUCUAUUUAUGCCCAGAAUGACGACGAGAAGCUCGAAUUUGAAUAUGAAUCAGGCAACACAAAUAUUUUGGAAAAUGAUUAUGCCUCUCUGCCUGAGAUAGCACAACAGAUUGCAGUAUUCAUACGGAAGAUGAACUCAAUUCCUGCAUUUACCGCCAAUUUAACAGUGGAGUCCUUUAACAGGCAGACCCUUUCCUGAACCUCAUGCACUACCAUCAUCAGGUCAAAAGCAGGCCUUGUAACUAUUGUCGUUUUUC